AUGCAGCGGAGUAUCAUGUCAUUUUUCCACCCCAAGAAGGAGGGCAAAGCGAAAAAGCCGGAGAAAGAGACCUCCAGCAGAGAGACAGAGCCACCUCCAAAGGUGGCGCUGAAGGAACGGAACGGAGAGGUGCCUGAGAACGAUUCUCCAGUGAAGAGGCCAGGGCGGAAGGCGGCCCGGGUCCUGGGCAGUGAAGGGGAGGAGGAGGACGAAGCCCUCACGCCCUCCAAAGGCCAGGGUAAAUGCCCAGUUAUGGUCAUCUCUGUCCUACAGAUAAAGCAACUGACGCUCAGAGAAGGGUUAGAAGAGUCCCUAGUGUGGCUCAUUGCGAACAGAGGCAGUGCUCUGAGCACAGUGCCUGGCACUUUGCGGCACCCAGAGACGGCACCCUUUUCCUGCUGUUCCAUCCAGAGAAAACCCCUGGACCCCUCUGGCUACAACCCGGCCAAGAACAACUACCAUCCCGUCGACGACGCCUGCUGGAAGCCGGGCCAGAAGGUCCCUUACCUGGCUGUGGCCCGGACAUUUGAGAAGAUUGAGGAGGUUUCUGCUCGGCUCCGGAUGGUGGAGACACUGAGCAACUUGCUGCGCUCCGUGGUGGCCCUGUCCCCCCCAGACCUGCUCCCCAUCCUCUACCUCAGCCUCAACCGCCUCGGGCCGCCCCAGCAGGGCCUGGAGCUUGGCGUCGGGGACGGUGUCCUCCUCAAGGCGGUGGCCCAGGCCACGGGGCGGCAGCUGGAGUCCGUCAAGGCCGAGGCGGCCGAGAAGGGCGACGUGGGGCUGGUGGCCGAGAACAGCCGCAGCACCCAGAGACUCAUGCUGCCCCCGCCCGCUCUCACGGCCGCCGGGGUCUUCGCCAAGUUCCGAGACAUCGCCGGGCUCGCCGGCAGCGCUUCCACAGCCAAGAAGAUGGACGUCAUCAAAGGCCUCUUUGUCGCCUGCCGUCACUCAGAAGCCCGAUUCAUCGCCAGAGCCCUGAGCGGACGGCUACGCCUCGGGCUGGCAGAGCAGUCAGUGCUGGCCGCCCUCGCCCAGGCCGUGAGCCUCACGCCCCCCGGCCAAGAUUUCCCCCCGGCUGUCGUGGACGCUGGGAAGGGCCGGACAGCGGAGGCCCGGAAGACGUGGCUGGAGGAACAGGGCAUGAUCCUGAAGCAGACGUUCUGCGAGGUGCCCGACCUGGACCGGAUCAUCCCCGUGCUGCUGGAGCACGGCCUGGAGCACCUCCCGGAGCACUGCAGGCUGAGCCCAGGGGUCCCCCUGAAACCGAUGCUGGCACACCCCACCCGCGGUGUCAGCGAGGUCCUGAAACGCUUUGAGGAGGCGGCUUUCACCUGCGAGUACAAAUACGACGGGCAGAGGGCACAGCUGAAGAAGGACUACCUCGAUGGCGUGGGUGACACCCUGGACCUCGUGGUGAUCGGCGCCUACCUGGGCCGUGGGAAGCGGGCCGGCCGCUACGGGGGUUUCCUGCUGGCGGCCUACGACGAGGAGAGCGAGGAGCUCCAGGCCAUAUGCAAGCUCGGAACUGGCUUCAGUGACGAGGAGCUAGAGGACCAUUUCCAGAGCCUCCAGGUUCGAGUCCCAGCUCGGCCGGCCGACGGGAUGGGGCUUGGGGUCUCCACCACCUUCCCCGCUCCUGCCCCCGCUGAUGGGGGAUGA